AGUCUGCUUCGUUCCGGGUUAUUGUCAGUUUCGGCAGCUCGGUGCAGGGGAGUGGAAGAUCGCCUAUGAGACAAGAAAGCUGCACGGAACAUUCAAUUUAUUCAUCCGGCGUAAUCGCUGACCGUUUUUAAUUAGAUUUAUGUCGGGAACAGUACAAUACGAGCCUUUUUGGACCAAUUUUUGUAAUUUGAAAGCAAGAUUUUUAUUCAAGGGGACAAGGGGCUCUCCGAUCGAGGGAUGAAGGAACAGCCACGGAGAACCAGUCAAACGAACAGGGCUUUAUCAUCCAGAAAACAUACAGUUUCUGAAUCCUCGCUCGCUGCUCUUGGCUUUGAUUGAUGAAAAGGAUUUAGCCUUAAAAACAAACUGUUCGGGGAUCCAGCGACUGAGCUUUACCGUAUAAUAUUAGCGAUCUAGCUAGCUGCACUGGCAGUCCGGUUUCAGAAAAUUGCACAUAGCAGGUGGAUUCGAUUGAGCCGUAAAGCACUUAUUUAUACGUGUUCAUCAUCAACUAUGUUUCGGGAAUCAUAAUAUUUUGUUGCUGGAUUUAUAUUUGUCGCCCGCCACUCUCUUUUUACGAAAAUCGCACUACAGAGAUUGCUUCAGAAAACAAACGACGGGGAAAAAAGGGCAAGCGAAGCUGGAUCGUUUCGAUACUUUGUUUCGGGGAGCAAAAGGUUCAGUAGCUAUAUGCGUUAGCUGAGACCGCAGUUAAUCGGAACGAUUAGCUUGCGCGUUCCCUUCCUGGAAUUGCUGACAGUGGUUUUUUUUUUUUUCUUUCUUUCUUUUAUUCCUUUCAUUCAUUCAAGCGGGCGAAGAAACGUCUCAGAAACCGACCACAUUUUGUCUGUCUGACUCUGGAUUACCGAAUCGUGGAGAAAAUCGAAUAGCCCGGCGAGAAACGAGCGUCGAUUUGGAACUUGAUUCGUUGUCCGCUACCAUUGUGUCCAUCUGAAAAAAGGAGAGGGGUACAACUGAAUACGCUUUAGCUCAACGGGGAAAGUAGCGAACUAAAUAUUUAGGAUUACUGCCGAAUUCUGGAAUACGGGAUGAAACCUCUGAUUCCUCUCUGGACCGCGACGUUCUGAAGCAGAUUGCACGGCGCAGCAACCUGCAUGGAAUUCUAGCCUGCACCACCGAACGAUUUAUGGUUGGACGUAGCGCCCCCCGGCUCUAGACCGCCCCCGCCCCACCAUGUUGGCCUGUCUGCAGAGGAGGCAGAACCCCCCCCCACAGCACCGGGUGUGCGCCGGCAAGACCCUGGAGGCCCCCCACCCGCCCAGCCGAAAAUGUGAGCUGGCGGCGCCGGCGCCCUCCCCCCGGUACCCCAGCGUGGCGGAGCUGGAGGCCUACGCGCAGAAGACCGCCGGCAGCCCGCUGUCCAUCAAGAUCUUCCCCGCCAACGUCAGGGUCCCGCAGCACAAGCACCUUAACCGCACCGUCAACGGCUACGACACCACGGGCCAGCGCUACAGCCCGUACCCGCACCCGCACGCCGCGGGCGGCGCCGGCGGCUACCAGGGCCUGCUGGCCGUCGCCAAGGCCUCGGCCACGCCCGCGCCCGCCGCCGCCGCCGCCAAGGGCGUGCUCAAGAACGCCGAGGGCAGGAGGACUAAACUCUCCCCCGCCCAAAUCGCCGUGGCGCCCUACCCGCCGCCCGGCAACAGCACUUUAGCGCACGCCCACGGGCAGAUGGCGUACCACGGGGCGCCCCCCAAGCCCCCCGAGGCGCCCGCCGCCAUGGCGGUGCCCCCCAACGUGACGGUGGCGGCGUCGGUCGUGCCCAUCCCGGGCGGGCGGGGCCUGGCGCUGCCGCCGCAGUCCAACCUGCCCUCCAUCCAGAGCAUCAUCUACCAGAUCAACCAGCACUGCCAGGCCCAGGCCCUGCAGCAGGUGUGCCAGGGCGUGGUGGUGGCGGCCACGCCGGGCGCCAACCCCAGCCCCUCCAAGCAGGCUGCCAUCGCGGCCGCCACAGCCGCCACCGCAGCCGCCGCAGCCGCCGCCGCUUCCUCCGGCUCCUCGGGCGGCGGCGGCGGCGGCGGGGGGGGCUUCCCGGUCGGCAUGGCGACCCAGGGCGGGAUGGCGUACGCGGGGGCCAUGCUGCCCUCCCAGGGGGCGGAGAUGGUGAAGGUGGGGGCCUACGUGGACAGUAUGGACUACAUGCUGUGGCAGCAGCAGCAGCAGCAUAAGCAGCAGCAGCAGCAGCAGGCCGUGCUCCGCAUGUACAGCGGGGGCAGCGGGGGGGGCGGGGCCGUCAGCAGGUCCCCGGAGACCUGCGUCCCGGGGGGCGGGGCCGGAGUGCCGGUGGGCGGAGCCCAGCUCUCCUCCAGGCCCUAUCCCCUGGCCAGCGGCGGCGGCGGAUUGGACAAGGUCAGCUCCUCCCCCUUGAACUGCGUGGGCAUGCACGGCAACUUCUCGGUGGGCCAGUACUUCGCCCCGCCCUGGAACAGCGUGCUGGUCACCCCCGACAGCGACUGCUACAACCCCCAGGAGCUGCCGGGGGGGGCCGCCACCAACACCGGGGGGGGGCCGGGCACCGGGCACCGGGACCUGGGCUUCCCCCUGCACCACCACCACCACCACCAUCACCACCACCACCACCCUGCCGCGGACAGCGGCGGCGGGGGGGGCCUCUGCUGCAGCCUGCCCAGCAGCCGGAGCCUGUGCAACACGUCCAUCCUGAGCAGCAGCCUGCAGUCGCUGGAGUACCUGAUCAAUGACAUCCACCCGCCCUGCAUCAAGGAGCGCAUGCUGGGCAAGGGGUACGAGACCGUGGCCGUCCCGCGGCUGCUCGACCACCAGCACGCGCACAUCCGGCUGCCGGUGUACAGAUAAGGAACCGCCGGUCCCCCCCCCCCCCCGCCAUCCCCCCCAGUGAAGGAAUGGGGCAGGGCCAGGGGGAAGGGGGAGCAAAAAACAAAAAAAACGAAAAUCUUAAUGGAAGGAGAAACAAAGACGCAGACGCGUGGAGAUCUUUAUUAUAAAUCAAUAGAUAUUAUGUGUGGUCGGCGCUGCUUGAAGAGGACUGGGCUGUCGGAGAGCGCCGGUUUGCCGUGGAGCCUGGAGGGUACUGACGUUGGUGGGGAGGGGAGUGUGGGGAGGGGGUGGGAGGAGUUCGGGCGGUUUACUGUUUGGGCCAAUCAGAAGUUCCGUGGUGUGGUUUGCCAACAGGGAUUGCGCAUUUCGUUUUUCUUUCUUUAUAUUUGACUUUUUUUUUUUUUUCCUUAUUUGUGAUUUUUAAAUUGUUAUUAUUUUUGAUUAAACUUUGUAACAAGAUUCAAGGCUUGACAUGACGUGCACAUGACCUCCCAUCGCCCACGACCCCAGCCGCCCCAAAAUCCGAGGAUUCUGACCUUCUCUCUUACCUUUGUGUUCCGAAGGGAGACAGGCCAGGGCUGCUUAAUUAACUCCAGAAAAAUUGCACGCACGCACACACACACACACACCACACCACACACACACACACAUAA